AUAUCGCGACUCAACCCUAAUUUCAUUUCCUUUUUGAUUCGUUGUUGGGAAAUAAAGCCAAUCUUAUACCGCCAAGAUGGGUAAGGGUAACAAUAUGAUUCCAAACCAGCACUACCACAAAUGGUGGCAGCGCCAUGUGAAGACCUGGUUCAACCAGCCGGCCCGUAAACUGCGCCGCCAUCAGACCCGCGUCACCAAGGCUAAGGCUGUGUUCCCCCGCCCAGCCAGCGGUCCCCUGCGCCCAGUGGUUCGUUGCCCCACCAUUCGUUAUCACACCAAAUUGCGUGCCGGCCGUGGUUUCACUGUUGAGGAGCUGAAGGGUGCUGGUAUCAGCUAUGGCUUCGCCAAGACUAUUGGCAUCUCUGUCGAUCGUCGUCGCAAGAACAAGUCGCUCGAGUCGCGUCAACGCAACAUUCAGCGCCUUAAGGAAUACAGAAGCAAAUUGAUUCUGUUCCCCAUCAACGAAAAGAAGGUCCGCAAGGGUGAAUCUUCUGUUGAAGAAUGCAAAUUGGCCACCCAGUUCAAGGGACCAGUUAUGCCCAUUAAGAACGAAACACCUGUUGUUGAGUUCCGUGAAGUCACUCAGGAUGAGAAGAAGUUCAAGGCAUUCGCUACUCUGCGCAAGGCUCGUACUGAUGCUCGUCUGGUUGGCAUUCGUGCUAAGAAGGCCAAGGAAGCUGCUGAGAGCGAGGAGGGAGCCAAGGCUGAUGCCAAGAAGGCCAAGAAGUAAACAGCUCCAUCUCCAUCAAGACCUGAUAAUUCUGUCUACAAUAACAACAUCAACAACCAGAAUAAAGUUUUAGUUUUUUCAUAGACAUGGAA